AUGAAUAAUGUAUUUCUUUCUAUUCCUCUGAAUCCCGUUGCAAAUGGUGAAACUCGACCCGAUUGGAAAGAUAAAAUAUUCAAGUUUUCUCCCAUCUAUCUAUCUAUCUAUCUAUCUAUCUAUCUAUCUAUCUAUCUCAAUUUGUUCCUAUCUAUCUAUCUAAGGUGUUUAUUCUUUCGUUAUUUUUUAUUCCUUAUUUUAUUUCUUUCUAUACUUUUUCUUUGUUUAAUCUUUUUCCUUCUUUCUUUUUUUUUCUCUCGUUGCAAUCGCUUUCUUUCUGUACACUUUCUUUCUUUCUUUCUUUCUUUCUUUCUUUCUUUCUUUCUUUUUUUCUUUCUUUCUUUCUCCAGUAAAAUUCGUGUCUAUUUCUUUACUCAUUGCAGUUUUACAUCUACUCAUAUCUAUCUAUUUCAGUUUAUUCCUAUCUAUCUAUCUAUCUAUCUAUCUAUCUAUCUAUCUAUCUAUCUAUCUAUCUAUUACUAUAUAUCUACCAAUCACUAUCUAUCUUAUCUAUUCAUAUCUAUCUAUCUAUCUAUCUAUCUAUCUAUCUAUCUAUCUAUCUAUCUAUCUAUCUUAGUCUAUUCAUAUCUAUCUAUCUAUCUAUAUUCAUAUCUAUCUAUCUUUAUUCAUAUCUAUCUAUCUAUCUAUAUUCAUAUCUAUCUAUCUUUAUUCAUAUCUAUCUAUCUAUCUAUCUAUCUAUCUAUCUAUCUAUCUAUCUAUCUUUAUUCAUAUCUAGCUAUCUUUAUUCAUAUCUAUCUAUCUCAGUCUAUUCAUAUCUAUCUAUAUAUCUAUCUCAACAGCAGUUGGAUUUGGUACAUUGGAAUCUAUCUAUCUAUCUAUCUAUCUAUCUAUCUAUCUAUCUAUCAAACAAGGCAAUAA